UUUUUUUAUUAUAAAUUUUUUUGUUUGAUUUAGGACACUGAGGCGUAGCAGCAAGUUCCGAAACUAGUUAAAGUGGGCGUAAAAAACUCAGCUCUUUCUUUCUCUCUUUACUAAAAGACAAGUUUCACAGCAUAACUCUUGUGUUUUCUUUGAUGCAAUUUCCUAUCAAAUUUUUCAUUUUUAAAUUCCCAUAUAUAUCUAUCCAUCUUUAUCUUCAAGAUCCAUGUUGCAAACUGAAUCCUUCAAUAAAGGAAAAAAAAAAUGAGCCGUCUUUGAGAAGAGAAAUUCAUUAUAGCUCCGCCCCUAGUUUUAGCGCCUAUCGUCUUUCAAUCUAAAAUAUUUUUUAACUAUUCGAACAAAGCAAGCCCUAAUUCCAGCGCGGCUCCCUUCAAAUCUCCCAUCUCGUCCGCCGUCUGUCCCCACCGGCACGGCGUCGGAAAAACUGCCAUCGUUGAAGGGCUCACAGUCAAAAUCGUACGAGGCUCAGUUCCGGAUAAACUAAUUGGGAAAAAAGGACCAUGUCUUACGAAAUCGUCGAAUGCUAUUUUAUUGCCCAACUGUGAAGAGCAUUUUUACAGAUAAUAAUAUACAGAGUAGCGGCGCUUACUGUGUGUAAGAGAUAAAUCAUCUCUCGUGGAAACAAAGCAUAUCCGUUUGGAAGAUAAUUGGCGAGAGAGAGAGAGAGUAAUAAAGAGAUAAGUUUCAACGGUGACUCGGUGAGUUUCAUAUACUCAUGCUUAUAUUCUAGGUUUGAGUCGAAAACCAAGGAGAAACCCGCUGUCAGAUUCUAAGGUGAAGGCAGUAGGUUCUUAGUGUAUUUUCAUAGUCUUCCACUUUGAUUCUUGGCGUGGAAAUUUUAUGGUAUUAAAUUGAUUGUGUUGAAAGUUUACCCUCCAAAUUUCAUCUCAUUUAAGCUCGUCUUCUAUGUAAAUAUACAUUUGUAAAAACACUGCGCGUCCAGUGGAUUCACUGACGGCAGUAGGCCUUUUUCAUUGUAUAAUUUUAAAACCAUGGGUGUUAUAUUUUUAAGGAUUUUUAUUUAUUUAUGAAAAAUAGACACUAAGACCUCUAAAAAAUGGUAUGACAAAUAUUUUUUGGCCAAUUACUGAAGGAGUUAUGGAUUUUUUAAGUUUGGAAACAAAAUCCUUGACUUCCAGAAUCCGACAAGUUUCAACCUACAUGUGCUUGCCACUUGGUCUUUUGAUCCUUAGUCUGGGUGAUUUGUAGCCUGAAAAUUUUAUGGUAUUAAACUGAUUGUGUUGGAAGUUUGCCCUCCAAAUUUCAACUCAUUUCGAGCUUGUUUUCUAUGUAAACCUAUUUUUGUAAAAGCACUGCGCGUCCAAUGGAUUCACUGGUGGUAGUGGGCAUUUUCCAAUGUAUAAUUUCAAAACCAUGAGCGUUAUAUUUUUGUGGUAUUUUUUUUUUAAUGAAAAAUACACACUAAGGCCUUUCUAAAAUGGUAUGGCUAAUAUUUUUUGGCCAAGUAAUGAAGGAGUUAUGAAUUUUUUAAGUUUGGAAACAAAAUCCUUGAAUUCUUACAGGUUUUGUUUUGUUUUCUUCGGGCUGAUCUCAAUGGAGUCGCCGACGCCAGUUUCUCGAUACGUCUCCCAGAGUUCCAAGAAAAGAGUGUUUUCGUCGUCGGUGUUUAAUGAUGACGAGGUUUUGGAGAUACCUCCGCCGUCGACGAUCAAUCGCGCUUCGAAACCCAAUUCCUCCAAACAGAAAGAGGUAAUUUGUCAUGAAAUAAUAGAUCUUGACAUUGAAGAAGAUCAUGCUGAUGUCUUCCGUAUCGAGGGGAGUAGCAAAGGCAAGAAAGCUUUGUCGAACUCUUCAGCGAGCCUUUGUAAUUUUACAAGUGAUGGAUCUGGAAGUGAUAUUCAGAAGUCAAAGCAUGGAGCUAUUAAUGAUUUCAAUCCUAAUCUAUUUUACGGAGAGGAUCAGUGGAUAGCUACAUAUUACGAUGACAUAGUAUAUGAUGAUUUCUCAGUCUUGGAUUUUGAUCAUAUGGAUAUUCCGCCUGGGGUUGAAGCGCCAUUUCCUUGGUUGUCAAGUAGCCCUGAAAAUGAUACAAAGGCAAGAGGUCUGACAACUUCGUCAUCAAAGAUAGGUAAUCAAGCAGCAAGCCACAAUCCAAAGAAGAAACUAUCUUCUAGGUGGUCUGAAAGUGGUCCCAGUCUAACGAAAACUGCAUCUUCUUCUAGAAGUAGAGACGUUUUUACUUCAAAAACCUCUGGUGGUUCCCUGUCUCCUGGUAAUUUAUCAUCUUCAAGAAAGAGUAAAAGGUUGCGUGCCAGUUUAGGCUCAAGCAGCCAGUUUUCUUCAGGAGCAACUCUUGCAAGCACUGUACAUAAUCACAGCAGCUAUUUAACCUUAAAGAAGAUUUCUUCUAGUGCACCGGGAGUGGGAAUCCACAUGCCUUCGUGGUCAAAUUCACCCCUGAAUAUUCUUGAACCUCCUAUUGGUCCGUCUACAUUUACGAAUGGAAGUGGAUAUAUCCCCUUAGUGCAAGAUUCUGCUAAUAACAAUCUGAGAGUAGCUUCUGCCAGGGUAGAUAAGAGAAAUGCGGAUGAGAUACUACAGGACUUUGUAGCUUUUAAGAGUUUUGAUACCGUUGAUGAUUACUCAGAUCACCACUUCGCCAAACAUGAUUCUUCAGCAAACCUGGCGCAAAAGAAUUGGGCGAAGAGAAUACAAGAAGAAUGGAAGAUACUGGAAAAAGACUUGCCAGAUACAAUAUUUGUGAGGGUAUAUGAAUCAAGGAUGGAUCUUUUAAGAGCUGUCAUUAUAGGAGCUGAGGGAACUCCAUACCAUGAUGGUCUCUUCUUCUUUGAUGUAUUCUUCCCCAGCAAUUAUCCCACUGUUCCUCCUAAAGUCCAUUACCAUUCUGGUGGCCUUCGAAUAAAUCCCAAUUUGUACAAUUGUGGAAAAGUAUGCCUGAGUCUUCUCAAUACUUGGAGUGGUCACGGCCGGGAGAAAUGGAUUCCUAGAGUUUCAACCAUGUUACAAGUUUUGGUCUCGAUUCAAGGGUUGAUUUUGAAUGCCAAACCCUAUUUUAAUGAACCGGGCUAUGCGGACUUGGGUGGCACCAAACAUGGUGAAGAGAAGUCGCUGGCGUACAAUGAGAGAACUUUUAUGUAUACCUUGCAGACGAUGGUAUACAGCAUGAGAAGGCCUCCAAAGUAUUUCGAGGCAUAUGUUCAGGGCCACUUCUGCAAGCGUGCACGAGAGAUCCUGGUGUCCUGUAAAGCCUACUUGGAUGGAGCUCAAGUGGGUUGCCUAGUGAAAGGGGGCGUUCAGGAUGUUGAUGAGGGCGACAAGAGCUGCUCAAAGGAUUUCAGAAACAGCUUGGCUCGGUAUAUCACCACACUCGUUAAUGAGUUUUCUCAAAUCGGAGCCAAGGAUUGCCAAGAAUUCCUUUGUUUAUCUCAAAAGGCGAACGGACCUGCGCCUGCCACUUCUGGGGCUGUCAACUUCUACAUGUAAGUUAUAUGCAGAUUUGUGACUUAAGUUUCUACCUGCGCUGUGAUGUGAGAUAUAUACUUGUCUCGGGUUUUUCUUUGCAACUGAUUUAUUAUGUUGGUCAGUUUGAGAACGUAACAACAGUGUUCCUUACGAUCUUAGAAGGCCCCUCUUUGAUUUUGACAAUAAAUUAAUGUUUUUACUUGUUAAUAUAACUUUGCGGUUAUCU